AUGGCAGUCGCGAGCGUGACGCGCAGCGCGGCAUGUGCAGCGUUCGCCCUCAGCCCCUCAGCAGUGCAGGCCAGCACCCAAGCGCGGCGUGUCUUGGAGCUGCAGCAGAUGGCGCUAGUGCCGCUUGGCUGGGAGGGCUGGCGCCCCAGCCUUGAUUACCGGGAGGAUGCAGCCGUCCCCUGCACGCAGCCCGGCUGCCGCCUGUUCCACGCCGCCGCCCCCGACGGCGGCCGCGCCCUCGUCAAGUGCUGGAGGCUGAGGCAGCUGGCGGCGGAUGAGGGGCAGUUCCUCGAGACACUGGCCGAAAUCGACUCGGCCAGACGCAUCCAGCACGACGGCAUCGUGACCAUCCGCGCUGUUGUCGUCGGCCGCACCACCUUUUCAAUCGUCUACGAGGACGGCGGCCGCAGCCUGGUCGCGGGGGCGGCGGCCUGGCGCUACGCGGCGUCGCUUUCGCGCUCGGCGGUGCCCGUGAUGCUGCAGGCCAUCGUGCGACAGCUGGGGCCGGCGAUUGCGGAGCUGCACAGGAACGGCUAUGUGCACGGCAACCUGAACCAGACUACGAUUGUCACGAACGUCACCCUCGGAGCCACCCGCAUCCGCAUCGCCAGCCUGUCCACCGCCUGCCCGUCGGCGCCAGACGCGCCGCCGGUCGUUACUGACCUUUCUUACACCUCCCCAGAAGCCGCCCGCGCCAUCCUGCUUGCCAACUCACACGGCGCGUCGGGCAGCGCGCGCGCCCUGAUGUGCAUCGGUCUCACCUUUUCCCCGCCCUGCGACUGCCGCGCCCUCGCCCAGCUGCUGGCUGAGCUGGCGCUCGGCCGCCGCUUCUACGCGGGCGCUGACGUCAUCGACGCACUCUCCGCCGCGCGCGCCGUGGCCGCCGACCCGGAGCCCUGGGCCGCGGACCCCGCCUGGCGCAGCCUGCUAGCCGCGCUGCGCGCCUUCGUCGCCGCCCUCGGCCGCGACGACCCGAAUGCGCGUGCCACCAUUGAGGAGGCUCUGGCGCUGCCCUUUGCCACCAUGAACCUCGGCCAGGGGUACUGGUCCCACCAGCCGCCCGCCACGGCGCAGCGGCUCGCGUGCGCUGACGGCGGCUCGGCCGCCUGGGAGCCCACAGCGGCCCUCCUGGACCUCUGCCACAGCUGGGGCAGCUUCUCCAGUAAUGCGUCCAAGGCCGACGCCGGGACCGCGUGCCUGGCAUCUGCGGGUGCCACCUACGACGAUAGGCCGGCCUCCGGGCCGGCGGCAGUGGCAGCCCAGCUUGCCGCGCCACAGCAGGAGGCUGUUGAGGAGCAGCAGGCCUCUGCGGCGGCGUUGGCGGCACCUGCACCUGUCAAGCGCAGCCUGCUGCGGCGCGGGCUGCGCAAGAUUCAGAAGCGUGCACACGAGGCGGGAGGGCGCGUGGCGCUGGGGCUGGCGCGGCUGGUGGCCCCCCUGACGGUGUGCUGCGGGGCGUCCACCUUUCGCAUGCCCAUGUGA